AAAAAAUAUGGUUGAGGCUGGUAGUGGUGGGGAAGAAAAGAAAGAGGCUGACAUCCUGAAGCCACCAGAACGAGGAACCAAAACCAAACAACACCAGCAGGGGCGGCGAUAUAGCUAGGGAGUUCACUUCCCCCUCCCUCUCUCCCCUCCUACGCCAGCUCCUCCCCGUCGUCGCGUCGCCCCUCCUACCGUCCUACGUCUCCCUCAUCUCCCCGCUUCCGCUUCCUCCCCCGCUGAGCGGCGGAAGCGCGCAAGCAACCGCUGCCUUCUUUUCUUGGCGUGCGCAGCUCCUGAUCGGCAGCCCCCCCCGCGGGAUCUCCGCUUGCUGGCCUGGGUCUGGCCGCGCGACAUUGAGGCGGGGCGCCUGGAGCUCGGAGCCAUCGCAGUUGGUGUUCGUGCCUUGGAGUCGGUCGGGUGUCUGGUCCCUGAUUUGAUCUGCAGUUGCCUGCAGCGGCGGCGGCUGCCGACAUGGCGGCUUCGGGAGGGCUCGAGCAGUGGCAGAAGGACGGGUUCUUCCAGGCGGCCGAGGAGGUGCAGGAGUCGGCGGACUUGAUGGAAUCUGUCUAUAGAACUUGGAUGCGCGAGCGAUGUGAUGGUUCUAGCUCAGACGAGGUGGAUGAUUUGCAAAGGGAGCUUCAGACAGCUUUAGGAACUGCAAAAUGGCAGUUGGAACAGUUUGAGAGGGCUGUAAGUUCAUGCAACGAUAAGUAUUCACUGGAAGAGGGUACACUGGCAAGGCGUAGGCAGUUUGUGGUAGCCAUUGAGGAUCAGAUUUCUCGUGUAGAGAAAGAAAUAAAUGGUUCUUUAAUGGACAAUGGCAGACAAGGGCUCAACUGGGUGAAGUUAGAUGAUGAAGAGCGAGAUGAUCUAGUCGCUUUCCUUUCAGCACCUGCAGAGUUCUAUUCAGAAAUGAAGAGAACAGACAGCAGUAACCAUGCCCCAUCUAGACAAAAGAAUGUGCCGAACGAUCAGAGUGAUCCAACUUUAAUUAUUAAAGACAUAUAUGAAGUGCCACGCAGAGAAAUUUUUACUGUUAAGAGUGAUGUUUGUGGUCUAGCUGAGGAGUUACAUGGCCUUAGAAGAAAUAUGAGUUCAGGUAAUGAUCAUUGGAAGAUUGACAUUGGUAGCGAGGGGGAUGAUGAUAGAAAAUUGUCCCCAGACGCAAAUGGGGUUCAGGCCACAAGUCAGACAACUGCUUUAUCAAGCAUCCGGAGAGGCACAGAAUCUUUAACAAGAGUGAGAUGGUUUUGGAAUAGCUUGUGGAAACCCAAGAGUGAUGAACAUCGGACAGUAAGAUAUGGUAUAUCAAAUAAUCUUGACCUCAGGGUUCUAUCCUUAUUAACACAGAGAUUUAAUGGGCUAGCCGAAAGAAGCAGAAAUUAUUUGACAAGUUGGAAGGAAAAUUCCAGAAUUUCUGGACGGAUGGGUGGGCUUCAUAUACAAGGCCAACAACAGAACAUUCAAUUUGGUCGUUCUAUUCGGAUCACCCUCUUACUGGUGUUGAGUAUCUUUCUGAUUGUACCAUUUCUCGUCUCAGCAUGACAAGGCAUGCAUUGUUCCACUGGUGAAGGAAAGGAACAUUGGGACAAACAAUCAUGGUCCUACUACAAAUCAUGAUUGGUGUUAUUCUAAGGCUGCAAAUGCAGCAAACCAACCAUGUCAUUUACAUGUGUGGCUGCAUGUAUGACAGGAAAAGAAGCAGAUGGUGAAGGUUUCGAUUGUCCAAUGCAUGAUUCUUUGAUUCCAUAUCAUCAACUCCUCACCGACGCAUAACCAUGCUAAGAUUUAUCAGAGUUAUGAUCAAUUUGUCAUAGGUUGUGAUGGCUGGUUGCUGCCAAAUGGAGGUGGCUCUGCUCAUUUCACCUCUCUAUAUCCCAUGAAUGCAAUUGUAAAAAGUUGUAGAGCUGAUAGGAAAAGGCAAACAACAAAUAUUUAAAAAGAUGAGUGAAAUGAUUUGUGGAAGUGCUGAAAUCUCAUUGAAAUGAACUGUGCGAAGGAUCUGAAGCCGUUUGUCGAUAAUAAUACAUUAAUAUGGCAUUUGUCAAA